AUGGGCUUAACUGAUAAAUUAAAGGGUCUCAAGAAAGACGACUAUGAUAAUGCUAAUGAGCAAGCAGGAAAGUAUACUGGCAAAGAUGGUCAAAAAGGUACUGAUGUAGCUCAAGAGAAGUAUAAAGAAUAUACCAAUGGUAAAGGAUCAAAUACCGGUGCCGCUAAUGCUGCUGAUUUAGGUGCUGCUAGUGCAGGCGCUGGCGCUGGUGCAGGUGCAGGUGCCGGUUACGGUAAUCAAUCAGGUACUUCUACAGGUUACGGUAACCAAUCAGGUACUUCUACUGGUUAUGGUAACCAAUCAGGUACUUCUACUGGUUAUGGUAACCAAUCAGGUGCUACUGGUUCUUACCCAGAACAAGCUGGAUCAGGUGCUUAUGGUAAACAAUCGGCUUCAACUGGUGCUUAUGGUAAUCAACCUUCGUCUACUUACAACAAUACUUCUUCUACCGGCCAUAGCCACCAUGGUCAUCAUGGUCACCACCAAUCCUCAGGUCACUCUGGUACCGGUGCUACUGCCGUCACUGGAUCUGCAGGUGCUGCUGCAUAUGGAAACAAUAGCAGCUCUUCAGGAGCAUAUGGUACAUCAGGAUCAAAUGAGUAUGUAGAUGCUUCAAAGAAGACAUCAUCUACAACAUCCGCGGGCGGUGCCAGCAAUGCAGCAUACGGUCACGAAACCAGUAAUACAUCAAAAACGGGUUAUGGCUCAAAUACAGGUUAUGGCUCAAACACAGGUCAUAGUUCAAACGCUGCAAAUACAGGACACGGAUCAGGUUCAUCUGGCCACAGUUUUAAAACUGGUAACGAUUCGUUAGAUCACAAAAUUGCUCAAUUGCCCGAACAUUUGCAAAAAGAAGCCUACAAUGAAUUUAAUAAAGGUUACGAACACGCCAAAGCUCAGUAUAACAAGUCCUAG